CAUUAGUCAGUGCUGUUUCAGAGAGUAACUCCUCUGAGGGUGGUUAUACUCUUGCCGUAACCAGUGAGGAUAUGGUGCUGCAAUGGAAGGCCGGGCCAGACUUAUGCGAAAUUAUCCAUGGAUACAGAAGCUUACAAGAACUCAAAUACCCCCGUGUCUUAUAUGGAAAUGAACAGUACUGGUUUGCAUUUGGUUGGGGGUGAUGGCUUGCAGGUGGUUGUUCAAGUUCUUUUGGUACCAUCAGAUACAAAGAUUGCCAAGUUGGGAAAUGAAGGGGUUUUCAGAAUCAACAACAUGGAUGUCAACAAUAUGGUGGCGGAUUUUGCAAUGCCAGUAGAUACUUGCCAAGUUCCAUUCACAUGUGGAAAAAUGGGAUUAUGCAUGAAUCAGACGUGUAUAUGCCCUUCAGGUUUUUCCCUCAAGGAAUUGAAUAACAAUGGUUGUGUGCCAAAACAAGUCUUAGAAGAGACAAUCUCUUUGCCUUCUGCUUGUACUGCAAGAGGUAAUGUUAGUGAAUUCAAUUCCUCGACUUUUUAUGUGGAAAUGCAAAAUGGUAUAGAUUACUUUGUUAAUCAUUUCACUGAGCCUGUUAAGUAUGGAGUGACCUUAUCGCUAUGUCAGAAUCUAUGCUCACAAAAUUGUUCUUGCCCCGGCAUUUUCCAUAAAAAUUCAUCUGGUUCUUGUUAUCUUCUUGAUUACAAUUUGGGUUCCUUCGUGUUAAACUCUGAUGCUCAGGGAGGUCCAUUAGGGUACAUAAAGGCUUUCCUAAACGUUUCGACUGAGCAUAAGAAACAUAGUUUUCCAAUGUCAGCUUUGGUGGUGAUCAUAAUGUUGUCGGGGUUGUUCAUGAUAAUCACCAUGGUGGUCCUAGUAAUUAUAUGGUUGAGAAAGAAAAGGCCUACUGGAGUAAAUUUAGACAGAUGGGAUUCAUCUUCAUCAGCAGAGCUGGAGAUGAUCUCUAUUCCGGGUUUGCCCAGGAGGUUUAAUAAUGAAGAGCUUGUAGCUGCAACAGAAAAUUUUAAGAGCCAAAUUGGCAGUGGAGGAUUUGGUACAGUAUAUAAAGGUACUAUACUAGACAAUACUGUAGUGGCAGUGAAGAAAAUAACGAGUUUGGGAGACCGAGGGAAGAUGGAAUUUUGCGCAGAGACAGCAACAAUUGGAAGCAUCCACCAUGUCAAUCUGGUUAAGUUGAGAGGUUUCUGCAUCCAUGGGAGACAAUGCUUUCUUGUUUAUGAGUAUAUGAACAGAGGUUCAUUGGAGAAGAUCCUUUUUGGUAAUGGCCCGGUUUUAGAAUGGCCAAAAAGGUAUGAAAUAGCACUUGGAAUGGCAAGAGGACUUGCUUACUUGCACAGCGGAUGUGAACCCAAGAUCAUCCACUGUGACAUCAAACCGGAGAACAUUCUUUUACAUGAUGAUUUGCAAGUCAAGAUAGCAGAUUUUGGGCUUGCCAAGCUGUUAUAUGAUGAGAAAUCCAAACUAUUGACGACAUUGAGAGGAACUCGGGGCUACCUUGCACCUGAAUGGCUAACUAGCUGUGGAAUCACAGACAAAACUGAUGUGUACAGCUACGGUAUGGUUUUACUUGAACUUGUGAGGGGAAGUAGAAAUUGUUUGUUUCAGAGCAGUGGGAAUGAAAAUGGUGAAGGAAAUGGAUCGUCAUUCUCUUCUACCAAUUCGGAACUCCAAGUAAUAUAUUUCCCUCCAAUUGCAUUAGAAAUGCAUAAGCUAAAGAGAUACAUGGAACUAACAGACCCGAGGUUAGAGGGUCAUGUGAAGAGUGAGGAAGUUGAGAAGCUAGUGAAGGUAGCCUUGUGUUGUGUGCAUGUAGUGCCAACACUGAGGCCAAGUAUGAGCAAUGUGGUUGCUAUGUUGGAAGGCAGAUUACCAGUAGGGGAGCCCAGGAUUGAGGCACUUGAAUUUUUACAGUUCUAUGGUGGAAAAUUAAACGAGGCAUCCAGAAAGCUUAGAGGGAGGGGUUCAGUAGAAGAAGAAGAAGUUCUUUCUCUUAUGGCAGAGGAACUUACAUACCUCUGAUUGCAGCGAAAAUCCAAGCUGUGUUCGAGUCAGAUUUUUAUUUUAUUAUUAUUUUUUAUAUAUAUUUUUAGACAGAACUGUUGUUGGAGGUAAAUUUCUUGUUGCUUAAUUAUGUAAUAAUUUUCUCAUUGAAGGAGCUGUCUUCGUUUUCAGAAUUAAGGUGAUUUGUUCAUUGAAGUCGAUUCAACAAAUUUAUCGCUUAGUUUCUGAAGUUAGACAGGAGUCAGACAACUUAAUUAAGGUGUUGUGUCCAUGAAAGAGGGUCAUAUUUCAUUUCACCAUCUGUGUUAAUAUGUACUCAUUUGAUGUUGUUCUGAUGUGUGCUAUACUGCUUGAUGUCUU